UAGCUGUGUAAGUAAAAGUAUGCGUAGUGGGCGUAUCGAAAAAUAAACGCACACUCCUUAUUCCGGGAAAAAAUCUUCGUGGUCACAAUCUCAUGGUGUUCCACUUCUUAACCAGUCUCUGGUUUUUCUAGGUGAAGCGGCUCCACAAGGAAUACAGGCGCGUAAGGACGAUGCGAUCGACGCGGAAAAUGAAGCUCUCCUUCCUCUGUUUGCUGUUGCGAACGUCACGGGUUUCACCGGCAUUUGGAAUUUAUCGGCGCGAGCUCGAUCAAAGCAUCAAAGCUAGAACAAGAUUAUUGCGGCAAGAGGAGGACGAGGACCCCUAUCAUUGGCAGGUGGACGUCGAUCACGAUGACGAUCAUCAUCACGACCGUAAAAAUGACAAGGCGCAUCGGGUGAAGGACCGGGGUCAUGACGCCCCGCGACGCGCAUUGGCACCAAGCGCUGGUGCGGAUGGUGCGGCUCUCGUAUCCGCGACAGGCGAUGCAGUUUCGUUUUCAGGACCCGCUGGUACCGGGCCCGCAUCACGUCGUCCGAGUUUCGUACAACUACAAGGUGAACGAAGCCGUGCUUCUAUCCCGAAUUCGAAUUUUUCAUACAUGAUGGAAGAUUCGGAUGAUUCUCGUGGCGGAGUGCAUUUGGUUCCAUUUAACGUGUGGGCAGCCGUAGCGGCAGAAGGUACUGGCGGCCGCCCAAAACCGAAUUCCCCUGCAAACACGGACGUUCAGAACUCGACGGAAAUGAAGAAUUCUGACGACGCCGAAGAUGGCACAGGCGCGCCAAGCACAAAAGCAGCUGGAGCGUUCCUUAUGGUGAUCGGCUUCGGAGACGCCCAAGAUCCAGCAAAGAUUUCGUCAUCUUCAAGUGAUGGAAAUAGCACGAACGAAGCAGCUGGAGCUAUUCCAGCAGGUUCGCGCGAGAAACUGACGAAGUUUGCUGCACGAAACGACUUCGGGAGCAAGGGGCCCCACGCCAUUCACCAUUGCCCAGCCGUACUGAUUUCCCGUCGGGGCAUCGGACUCGAGACCUCCCUCGCGCGCUGUUUCAAGGCUCUCCUACAGCUACAGAUGGUGAACAAGCACGUUCACCACGUUAACACUUACGCAGAUGCAGACCACGGAUCUAGGGUUGUAUCAAAGUCAAUCCCAACGCCACUAUCCACGUCCACUCCGCAAGGCGCGGAGAUCGACAAGCGGAAGGGCCCCGGCCGCGGCGUCGCCUUUCCGGAGCUCAUUUUUGUCUUCGAAGAUGACGCGAUGUGGUUGGCCGAGGAAGACGUCAACGAUGUGA